GUGAACAAAAAAUAUAUUAAAAAAAAAUCCACAUAAACCCUCGCUUCCGAAAAAACCCGCAUCGCCGCGCGGAGCAAAGCAGAGAGGGGGAGGAAGCCGCCGCCGCCGCCGCCGCCGCCGCCGCACGGCGGGAUGGAGUCGACGCCGGAGCCGGAGGACGGGAGGGAGCUCUACGCGCUGCUCCACCUCUCGCCGGACGCCUCCGGGGAGGAAAUCCGCCGGGCUUACCGCCAGUACGCGCAAAUCUACCACCCCGACAAGUACCAGGACCCCCAGAUGAAGGAUGUGGCAACUGAAAACUUCCAACGAAUACGUGAUGCAUAUGAGAUACUAUCAGAUGAGAACAAGAGGCAGAUAUAUGACAUCUAUGGUAUGGAAGGUUUAAAUUCUGGCCUGGAACUUGGCCCCAAGCUAAACAAACCAGAGGAAAUCAAAGAACAGUUGGAACGGCUGAAGCGGCGCAAGGAAGAAGAGAAAUUUUUAGCCCAUGCUCGACCCACUGGCUCAAUAAUUGCUAAUUUUUCCGUGCCACAGUAUUUAGAUGGCUAUGGAAUCAUGAGAGGCAUGGGAAUGUCCAGUGAAGUUCAGUUGCCAGUGUCCAAGAAAAAUACUGUUGUUGUUGGUGGAAAUUUGGUUGUCAAUGGCACAGAUGGAACUGGUGCAGCAAGCGCUGUGCUGCGUCACCAGUUGUCUUCUGUGGCAUCAGUAGAGUUUAUGGCUACAGCUGGACUACGUUCCCUUAUUAGCGUACAAACAUUUCGUCAAAUUUCACCACAUUCGACAGCAACAUCUGGACUUGCUCUUUCUUUGAGAGAUGGAUCUAUCAAUCUAUCAAAUGCCUGGACUCGCCAACUAUCUGACAAUAUUGUUGGGAAUAUACAGCUUGCCCUUGGUACAGACUCAAGUAUUUCUGUUGGAUGGCAAAAGAAGGAUGAAAAAAAUUCUGCAGCAGGGGAUGUGAAGCUUGGUACUAAUUAUUUUGGUGCAUCUGCUCAUUACACCCGUUAUUUCUCCACCAAGUCUCAUGGUCGCGUUGCUGGUCGAGUUGGAAGCACGGCCCUUGAUUUUGAAAUUGGAGGAGGAAGGCGGAUAUCUGAGUUCAGUACUGUAAGGAUGAUCUAUAAUAUAGGAAUCCAGGGGGUCUCUUGGAGAUUCGAGUUGCAUCGUGCUGGUCAAAAAUUAGUUAUCCCAGUUUUGCUUUCAACUGAUUUCAAUGCAUUACUUGCUACCAGCGUUUUUGCUAUUCCUUCAACACUAUAUUUUCUACUUCAGACGUAUUUUGUAAAGCCAUACUGUCUUAAGCGGGAAAAGCAGAAGGAACUUGAAAAAAUGGAAAGUUUGUCUUCACAGCUAACUGAAGCCAGACGCGCAGCGAAAAAAGCACAAAAGUUACUAGAACCUGUCUCAAAUCGUAAGAAGAAUAGACAGCUGGAGGAUGAUGGCUUGGUGAUUACAAAAGCUCUGUAUGGGAAUCGCAAAAAAGUUAAAGAGAGCAGCGAAUCAAAUGAGUUGAAUGAUGAUGUGGCUUCGCAAGUAUUAGACGUGACCAUCCCACUGAACUUCCUCGUCUCUGAGGCAGGCCAGCUAAAGCUUCAUGAGGGGAUCAAGAAGUCUGGAAUAAUGGGCUUCUACGAUCCUUGCCCUGGUGAUCCAAAGCUGUUACUUGUAGAAUACACAUUUCAUGGUCAGAAAUACAAGGUCAUGGUAGAUGAUUACGCUGCACUGUUGAUACCACAAGAUAUUCAUCAAAUUUGAUCUGCCGCUGAUCCCGAACAAUUUUGAGCCCCAUAGCUCUCUUCUCAUAGUUUUUCUUCUUCUGAUGAGGCUUUUCUGUUUUUCGCUGUUUUUCCCUCACAUGGUCCAUUUUGUUGUAUACAUGCGUGGAUUUGUUCCACCUAGAUUGUAGAUACGCGGGGUGAGAUCCCGACAGUCAAUAAGUUUCAGUCAAUCAAAAGUUCGCGACAUUAGUUCAAUCUUCACUGGACGAAACAUGCACUGAACUGAUAAUUUCUUUAUCUACGAAGAUGCAGCUGUCGCCUUUCCACUUA